AUGGUCGCUGAUCCCUCACAGACCAUCGAGCUCCAAAAGAGCGGUAGCCUGCACAAGGAGUCAUCGAUCCGGUCCGCCAACCUCUCGGCUGCUCAUCCCGCCAUCCCUCGAGAGGGUUCACAAGUCCAUGAUGCUACGAGCAGCGCUCCCAGUGGACCUAUAUCAACUGCUCGAGAGCAUCCACCCAUGCGUAAACGCGACUUUGGGUUCCUACCCAUUCCGCAAAGUCGCAGACAUGACCCGAGCAAAGCAGUCCCGGGCGAGUUUCCCUUCACCUGGAAGAUGAAUGCGCUCUUUGCCUCUGCAGCUACAAUCGCAGUCAUGAAUCUCUACUACAUCCAACCCAUGCUCGUCGCCAUCGCCGAUGACCUUGGGGUCUCUCACGAUGCCGUCUCCAAAGUGCCCAUCCUUGCCCAAGGCGGGUACGGCUGCGGGAUCCUAUUCAUCUCUCCCCUAGGUGACCUCGUUCGACGGCGGCAGCUGGUCCUGAUUCUGAUGCUACUUACGACUUGCCUCACAAUCGGGCUCGCCUUGUCCAAGAAUGUCGCAAUGCUCUCUGGACUGAGCUUUGUAGUCGGCUUCUUCACUAUCACACCGCAAGUGGUCAUUCCCUGGACUGCAGACCUCGCUCCGGCUGAAAAAAGAGCGACGGCGAUGAGCGUGACCCUGUCCGGCUUGAUCACGGGCUUGGUCAUGGGUAGGAUGCUGGCCGGUGUCAUAUGUGUGGCGGAUUGGAGGUAUGUCUAUUGGAUGGCUGUGGGCCUACAGGGAUUGAUGUCGAUCGUCCUCUGGCUGGGUCUCCCUGACACACCUGACAAAAAGAUCGGUCUUACUUACCCCGAAGUUCUUUGGUCAAUGGCCAAGAUCUGGACGACCCUCACUUUCCUCCUCUCCGAUCCUCCAUACCAGUACAACUCUCUCCAAAUCGGCCUUCUCGGUCUUCUCGGCCUCAUCGGCGCCAUCCUCGCCCCCUUCUGGGGCCGCCUCGUCGACCGCGUCCACCCCUGGUCCACCCAGUUCCUCGGCAUCAUCACCAACCUCAUCUCCAUGAUCAUCGCUCUCGCCGCCGCCCAGAAGAGUAUAGGUGCGGUGUGUGUGGCGAUAGUGUUGUAUGAUGUGGGGCAGCAGGCGAAUCAGGUUAGUAAUGGAUAUAGGGUGGCGGGGAUUGAUCCUGCGGCGAGGGCGAGGUUGAAUGGGUGCAAUCUCUUGGCGCUGUUUGCUGGUCAGACAUCUGGUACAGCCAUCAUGACCAAAGUCUACAACAGCCACGGAUGGCACCCCACAGCCGGUACCGCUAUAGCCUUUAUCGGCGUCGGUAUCAUCGGUAUGCUCGCCCGUGGGCCGCAUGAAGCUGGCUGGAUAGGGUGGAGCGGAGGAUGGGAUGUAAGGGAGAAGCAGCAGAUGAGUGAUAAGAGUGCGAAUGCUGUCACGGAAAAGCUGAGGGUGAAGAAGAAGGACCAGAUGGUGUAA